UCCCGUCCUGGACUUUUAGCCUUGCUGGGCUUGCCUUCCUCAUGUCCUGCCUCCUCCCUCUCGGGGCCCAAAGUGGGUGCCCUGGUGGAGGAGGGGGCCAUGCUCCAGGACCUAGUCCAACCCCAGAUGCUGCCUGAGGCUUCCCUCCAGCUCCCCCUCCCUUCCUUUCCUCCCUUUCCUCCCUCCCUGUCUUUCCCUUCCUCCCUCCCCCCCCCCAGGCUGGCGUGCCAGGGGGUGGGACAUGCCAAUCACUGGCUGUGCCUCUCCCGCUGCCAGCACAGGGCGCAGCUCCCCCCCGGGAGCCAGGUGUUUGGGUCCCAGGAGACGCCGCCGGCCCAGAGAAGCAGUGGGGCUGAGGACCCUACAGACCCCUCUCCGGCCCCAUGGGCACCCUGAGUCCAACCGCUGCCGUCCACCUUCAGCCCCCCGGGGAUGUAUUGAACCAGGCUGCUGGCCAAAUGGACAAACUGGAUGUUAAGCACAACACUGCCCUGCCACCUCGGUGAGCGAGAUGAUGGGAUGGCGAAGCAGGGGGCGCAGCAAGCUUCGUGAGGCAAGAGCUUGGGCUCCAGGCAGGCAGGCGGGAGAGGUGAUGACCCUCCUCUGAGGAAGCCCUUGGUGUGACUGGAGGAAGGGACUGGCCCCUCAUCCUACCUGGCCACCAUGAACACCUCAGCCCCACCCGCCGUCAGCCCCAACAUCACUGUUCUGGCCCCUGGGAAGGGUCCCUGGCAGUUGGCCUUCAUCGGGAUCACCACGGGCCUCCUGUCACUGGCCACAGUGACAGGCAACUUGCUGGUACUCAUCUCCUUCAAGGUCAACACAGAGCUCAAGACAGUCAAUAACUACUUCCUGCUGAGCCUCGCCUGUGCCGACCUCAUCAUCGGCACCUUCUCCAUGAACCUCUAUACCACGUACCUGCUCAUGGGCCACUGGGCUCUGGGCACGCUGGCCUGCGACCUCUGGCUAGCCCUGGACUACGUGGCCAGCAAUGCCUCUGUUAUGAAUCUGCUCCUCAUCAGCUUUGACCGCUACUUCUCUGUGACCCGGCCCCUGAGCUACCGUGCCAAGCGCACACCCCGCCGGGCAGCUCUGAUGAUUGGCCUGGCCUGGCUGGUUUCUUUCGUCCUCUGGGCCCCAGCCAUCCUCUUCUGGCAGUACCUGGUAGGGGAGCGGACCGUGCUGGCCGGCCAGUGUUACAUCCAGUUCCUCUCCCAACCCAUCAUCACCUUCGGCACGGCCAUGGCCGCCUUCUACCUCCCUGUCACAGUCAUGUGCACGCUGUACUGGCGCAUCUACCGCGAGACGGAGAACCGGGCCCGGGAGCUGGCGGCCCUUCAGGGCUCCGAAACACCAGGCAAAGGAGGGGGCAGCAGCAGCAGCUCAGAGAGGUCCCAGCCAGGUGCUGAGGGCUCACCAGAGACUCCUCCAGGCCGCUGCUGCCGCUGCUGCCGGACCCCCCGGCUGCUGCAGGCCUACAGCUGGAAGGAGGAAGAGGAGGAGGACGAAGGCUCCAUGGAGUCCCUCACGUCUUCUGAGGGUGAGGAACCAGGCUCUGAAGUGGUGAUCAAGAUGCCCAUGGUGGACCCUGAGGCACAGGCCCCCCCCAAGCAGCCCCCAAAGAGCUCCCCGAACACAGUCAAGAGGCCCACCCGGAAGGGGCGAGAUCGCGCUGGCAAGAGCCAGAAGCCCCGGGGGAAGGAGCAGCUGGCCAAGAGGAAGACCUUCUCGCUGGUCAAGGAGAAGAAGGCGGCUCGGACCCUGAGUGCCAUCCUCCUGGCCUUCAUCCUCACCUGGACACCGUACAACAUCAUGGUACUGGUGUCCACCUUCUGCAAGGACUGUGUUCCCGAGACCCUGUGGGAGCUGGGCUACUGGCUGUGCUAUGUCAACAGCACCAUCAACCCCAUGUGCUACGCACUCUGCAACAAAGCUUUCCGGGACACCUUCCGCCUGCUGCUGCUCUGCCGCUGGGACAAGCGACGCUGGCGCAAGAUCCCCAAGCGCCCCGGCUCUGUGCACCGCACCCCCUCCCGCCAAUGCUGAUGGCCCCCUCUCCUGCAUCCUUCCACCCCAGUCCCAAGGAGAAGCCGGUGCAAAGCAGGCAAGGGCUGUGUCCCCAGCCCCAGGGCUCUGCUCAGGCCUCACCGGGCGUCCCAGGCCCCUGGGUCACCUUCCUGGACAGCCCAGAGAGACCCUGCCAGCUUUCCAAGCUUGGCUGUUCCCAAGCAGGGAGUGAAACCCGGGGAACUGGUUUUUCUGUUCCCUGCUGGGUGGGAAUGGGCUCUUCACCAGGAAGAAGGCCUGGGAGGAGGAUCCGGGCUUUGGACUCCUUGUUUGCCUUUAGACAGGAAGUCAGGAGCCAGCAGGGCGAGCCAGUAAUUUAACAUCACAGUCUUCCUUGGCCCUGCUGUGGCCCAGGUUGCAAUAGAGAUGGCGCCCCCUGGGGACCACAGCUGGGAACUGACACCAACCAUUGAGAGAAAAGCUUGGCUCGGAGGAAGCUGGAACUUCCUGGCUGGAGGGCUCCUCCCUCUCCAGACAAAGCCUGCCCAGUUGGGCCCUGGGCACACUCUCCAGGAUUGUCCACCUCCCGAAACAUGUCCACAGAACAUCCCUAUGUGGGUUACCUUCGAGGCAAAUGUCCAAGCAUCAGCCAGUCAAUGACACCAGAGGGGAUCAACUUGCUUAAUCACACAUCGAGUCCCAAGGCAUCAGCAGGACCAGGGACCACAUGUCCUAAGCGUCCCACUAUGUCAUUUUCCUGGGGUAGGGGUAGGGACAGGGGUGCCUUCUAUCCAGUGCCACACCCAUCCUUCCCUCCCCCUGCCCCAGAGUAACCUCAGUCCCUCCCUCCUGGCUCACAGCCACCACCUGGAUGGAUCUGCUCUGUUCGGAUCUAGCCAGGCCUCCUGCAUGCUGCCUGCCUCCAGCCCUGCCCCACACAGGCCUGGCCCAGCCAGCAGGUUCUCUCCUGUGAGCUCCCCAAACUGAUCCAUGCAUGGCCUCCUUAUCUCCAGGCUCAGCCUGGCCCCAAAUGUUCUUUCCUUCCAUCCUCAGCAAGUGCUGAGUCUGUGAAUAAAGCCACAUAACCAGCGGG